UGAUCGGAAAUUUGUAUCACAUUUGAGGAAACAUACCGCUCGCCUUGUUACUGCCAAGCCGGUCCCGGAUCCAGGCACCCAGGAGCGAAAUAAGAGAACAGACGUAAGCAAAGCUGAUUUCGGGAAAAAAAACUCUCUUUUUGAACGGGUCCGUCGAACCUCCUCGUUCGGAGAAGAGCCACCACCUUGCUUUCCCUCCUCUACCUGGGAGCCGAUCCUUUGCGCGCUCGCCUUUUCUCCGCCCUACCGCGUGAUGAGGGUUUCGGUGCCCCUUCUUGAAGCCGUUUGAUUCUACUGAGGGCAGGAGGAAGGGAGAGAGGCAAACAAAGAAAAGAAAAUGUCGGCACGGCCCCAGGUCACCAUCACUCUGGGCCGAAGCGGUCAGGUUGUCAAGAGAGAAAGGCCUACAUCUGACGUUAGUCAUCCCGAUGACAUGCCAUCUUCAGCUGGUAAGCGGCCAGUAAGGGAGAGGUUGGGAAGCAACAUGGACAAUUCAGACUUGUAUGGCAGUCAAUACAAGAAUAAACGCCAACGAACAAAUAAUCAUAUUCUGAGCUUGGGUAAUGGUGAUCUGAAUGAUGGCAAGCCGAUUAAAUUCAAUCGUCGGGUUGGCCAAGAUGAUCUGCGAUUGAAACUUUUGAAUAAAAGUUUAUCUCAUGGCAGAGAUGUUGACCUUCGUGAAAAGCUUUCUCGGAGCACCCAUAAUUCAUUGAGAUAUGAUUUAUAUCAACAUGUACCAGAUUCAAGGGCCUCUGGCCCAGCAAAGCGAAUUCCUCCUACAAGAAGUGCAGAUGAUUUGCUCCGGCUGGAUUCUGUGAGAAAUUCUUAUUCUUUGAAAGGGCUAAGACAUAGAUCUCCAGAUAGACUUGCAGGUGCUUCAAGGGGUAUGUCCCCUCCAAGGAAUUAUGAUGAGCUGCGUUAUGUUCCACCAGUAAGAUCUAUUGAUGCUUCAAGACCUUCAAGUUUAAUGACAAAAAAUGUAACUGAUGCUUCACGACCCAUGCCUUGUAUGAGCAAAGCUACAGUUCCUGCAGAUACUGCAAAACCUGUUGCUCGAGCUCCUCCACCGGGGGCCAUCGUACCGAAAAGCCCUUCUGUAUCUGAGGAACCACUUACUGUUUCAAGCUUGUUGCAUUCAUUGGGUCUGGGGAAAUAUGCUAUCCUCUUUCAGGUGGAGGAGGUGGACAUGACUGCACUGAGGCAGAUGGGAGAUAGUGACCUCAAAGAACUGGGAAUACCAAUGAUUUUAAUCUUGAAAGUAAAUACAUGGAAAUCCAAACCCACUGUGAUAAGGCUUGUUGUUUAGUGUAUGAAAUAUUCCAGUGGUCACAGAAGCUGGUAGUGCAAUGGUAGCUCUGUCCAAAUUGAAGCCAAAGGCUCUUAAAAAAAUUAUGAUUUAGUCGCAUAUUGGUUAAGAUGUGCGGCGUACGAGUGUAGGACCACAAGAUGAACUUGUGGGAGUUGUUGAUAGAGAAAGACUGGUCAAUGACACAUAUAAAAAUGUAUUGAUGCUGAAAAAACAGAUUGUUUGUGAAUCAAAAUAACAAGAAAAAGCUAUUCAAUUUCAUAUGUCAGAAUUGUAUA